AACUAAAACAAUAUCUGAGACGGAUUUGUCCGUCGGUCAUUAAUUUUUUUUAAAAAAAAUGGGAAGCCCAUAUUUUUUAGCUCGUUUAAGCAUUUAGAACCCACGACGCUUAACCAUAUCCGUGUAUUGAGAAACCCUGGCCGCCGCUUAACAGAUCUCAGAGCUCAUGGCCGCCGCUUAACAGAUCAAAACGGUGGACAACCUGCAGCGUAUCUAUCUCAGCGCCGUAAAUCGCCACUCCAGGUUCGACACUCCAGGAGGAAAAAUUGGGGAGGACCCCCGACGCGGAAGAGAUCUUGAAUGAUGGAUAUACUAACAAGAAAACUGGAAAAUUGAGUGGUCCAAGAGUUCAAGAGAUAGUGGAUAAGCUCAAAGUUGCGAAGGAGGCUGUUUUGGCAACUCAAGGGGAGAACGCAAAAGUGGAUAAAACGGCCCUCUAUAUAAAAACUGUUCCACCCAACCGUGGAAGAAUUCUAGGCUUGGGGGCUCUUGGCCCCGAAUAUUUGCGUACCGGCUCUUUGAAAUCCACACAUUGUGCCUCCGCACAAAGUGACCCCGAUAGUGAAUCUAUUAAGGAGGAGAUGAAGGCCUUGAGGAAAGAAGUGAAGGAGUUAAGAGAACUAGCGGCCAUGCAAGCAAAUAUGGGUCCAUGGAUGAAUCCGUUUCUCUAUCAUGGGUAUGGUCAAUCUACUUCCGGUACUCAACCACAAAUGCCUCCCAUGUUUCCUCAACAAAAUACAUCUUUUUUUCCUCCCCAAAAUCACUAUGCUUUUCCCCAAAAUGGUUCAUCCGGUCCUCAACAAAAUACAUUCAAUUUCUCUCAACAAGUUCCAACAAUGGUCCCUAGCGCUUUUGGAGGUACCCCACAAGUUUCUUCUCAACCUCCGGCCUACUACCCGACGAUGUUUCCGGGUUUUAAUAAUGUGCAAGGUCCACCAUCCAUGCAACCUACAACACAACCAUUUCAAUUCAUGCCUAUAUCAACUCCAACCAACAUGACUCAAGAUGAAAAUGCCAAUUUUAUUGACAAUUUGUUGGCGAGUGGAGGCAGCAACAACAAUACUAAUCAAGAGAAAGAAUGAAAUGUUGUAAUAGUUAGUUAUUAAAAACAACUUAUUUCUAUUCCUAUGUUGAACAUUUGUAUUUUGUGCUAUGUUUAACACUGCUCCAAGUGUAAGGAUUGUAUGUGACGGAUGGUUUUAUUAUUAUUUGAAUUAUUGUUGCAUUUCGCUUUUAAUUAAAUGAAUGUGUGGCUUUAAGUAUUUGUGAAAAUGAAA